AUGGGAGUACUUAAGACGUCUCCAUAUCCUAAAGCACAAGUUGCCAGUUUGAAAAGAGCAGGGCUGCAAUUCCAUUUCAAGAAAAUCAUCAAACGAUCUACUAUUCAACCAAAAAAAUUCUCAGGCUAUUUUGAAUAUGAAAACGCUGAGGAUUUAUUACCAACGGUUGAACAAACCAGUAAAGAACAUGAUUUGCCAUUUGCGUAUGAUUUAUUUGAAUCACAAGAAAAUGCUGCUUUAAGAGCAAACAUGGGUUCAAUCAUUGUAGAGAGAGAUACAAUGGAAGGGACACCUCCACCUUCCCCUCCCUUAUUAACAAUGAAAAAAAUGCAAAAAAAUAACAUUUUUUUCCAAACAGAUUCAAAUAAGGUAGAUGCUGGAUUAAAGAAGGAUCUGGACGGAGUUGAUUCCCUAGUGGAUUAUGUCACAGCAGAUGAUCAUACACCUAUCACAGCGAAGGGUACAUUAGUCGAUUUAAGUCGAUGUAUUCUACAAGAAGGUUCACCAUUAAACCGAAAACAAAAGACAGUAAUAAAUGAAAAUAUUGUACCCACGUUAAUGGAUCCUACUGGGUUAACAGAUGAAUCUAUUACAAUGCUGGAUGCAGGUAUGACCGUUGAAGAACCAACGAUACCAUUCCAAAACUUCAAAGGGUAUGAACCUAUUUUUUUAGACUCUACCGAAUCAUUAGUGGCAAACCUAAGUCAAUCCACAGUCCUUCCAGAAGGUAUCCAAUCAGACAUAAGUCAUAAUACUACUACUACUAGCAGUAGCACUAGGAGUAAUAUAAAUGACAAUGUGGAAUGGCCUACAGGGACAGGACCAUGUAGAUUUUGUCAUGAGGAGAUUGUCACAACUGAGCCAUUCGAGCAAAACAGGCCUAAAAGACCAAUAUAUGCAGAAGAAUUACACGGACAAUGGCAUCGUAGCUGUUUCAAGUGUACAGACUGUUCAAAGACACUAGAUAGACACAAUCAAUGCUAUGUAUACGAGGAUGAGCCAUACUGCCAAUUACAUUAUCACGAACACAAUGGUAGUCUUUGCAAUAUAUGUCAUGGUAUAGUCGAAGGUGAAUGCUUAGAAAAUCAUAAGAAUGAACGCUUCCAUAUGGCGUGCAUGCAAUGCUAUGUAUGCAACACUUUAAUAACAAGAGGAUAUACACUUAUCAACGACACCAUACCCAUUUGCAAAGAGCACAACCUAGAGACUUUAGCCGAACAAGGCAUCUUCGAAGUGUAG